ACACACAUGCAUGUCCGUCACUGUGCCUGCACGCAACCACACUGAUGUUCAGAUAGUGAAUCCGCUCAAGAUAAGACCAGUCUCCUCCCUCCCCUCCGAGCCCCUUCUCUUUUAAACAGCCAAUGAGGAUGCUGUCUAUUCAUGAGCCCGAAUGGAAGCAGGCGUGUGUGGACAGGCUACCACAGGAGGAGGUGUGUCUUCCCGAGCCAAAAGUGUGUGUGCAGCCAGUGUGUACUCACACUGAGAGAGGAGGUGGUGGAGGACAGAAGGAGAUAGUGGGAAGAGUUGUAUGUAGGCAUGUAAGGGACGGAGAAGCCAGGUGUUUUUACUCAUCUUACCACUGAUAUAUUCCCCACCAACACACACACACACACACAUUGAAGGAACUACACCCACAACCUCUACUCAACACAUGUGUGCGGUGCCUGGAGCGACUGAGGGGAUCUCUGAGGAUACACGGAUGAGAAAGAGGUGUGGGGGAGCCGAGGAAGAGGAGUGUGUUUUUGCCCCAAGGGGAGCUCACACGCACAUACACAAAGCAGGCAGCAAAAAUACACACACACACUCCAUCGGGCACUCAGCACCGUUUCCCUGACAACUAGAAUGGGCUGCAAUUUGUGCACCUUGCAGAAACGGGAGGAACACUACAAACUGCUGUACGAGAUUGCACAGGUAAACGGGCGUGACUUCUCCAAGGUCGACCAUGACCAGGCGGUGGUGGAGGCUAUCAGGCGAGACCCCAUCGUUGUCCAGGUUCUCCGGCGAAACCCUAACACAGCGGUGGCCACACACAACCACAGCGGCACACCACCGGACGUGCAUGUCAUAGAUGUUUGCACACAGACGGACAUCACCUUCGAGCACAUCAUGGCACUGGCCAAGCUCAGGCCUGCCACGCCACCGGUCCCUGACAUCUGUCCCUUCCUUUUGUCUGACAGCUGUCACUCCAUCCACACCAUGGAGCACGAGUUUUACGAAUGUCCAGAGUACCUGUCUAACACGCCUGCAGAGGUGGAGAGGACUGAAGAGUAUGAAUACGAGGAGGUGGAGCUGUGUCGGCAGAACAACCAGGAGAAGCUCGGCCUGACACUGUGCUACAGGACCGACGAGGAGGAGGACACUAGCAUCUAUGUCAGCCAGGUGGAGCCAAACAGCAUAGCAGCGAGAGAUGGGCGCAUCAAGGAAGGAGAUCGUAUUUUACAGAUAAAUGGCUGUGAGGUGCAAGACAGAGAGAAAGCCGUUGCCAUGUUGUCAAGCGAAGAAGCAAGAAGCAUCGUGCUGCUGGUGACAAGACCAGAACUCCAGCUGGAGGAGGAGGAGGUAUGGCUGGAUGAUGAGCAGCAGGAGCUGGUGGAGGAGCUGAAGAUGGAGAUCCUUGAGGAGAGGAGGAAGCAGAAGGAGCAUAGCUUUGACAGAAGGGAUGAGCAUCAAGCUGAAGAAGAGAUGACAACAGACACAGCUACGUGUUCCUCCAAUAAUCAAGAUAGUGGCUUUGGACGCAGUACGGAGAGUCCAGAGCACCAACCCUUACUUGCCAGACUACACAGGAGGAGCCCAGCCCAUUGCCUGAGGGACCGAUGGCAGGCAGAGCAUCCGCACACACGACGUGGGACUGGACAGGAGACCCAGAGUCAAAAGACAAUAUCCAAACGUCAUGGCCAUGAAGGGGUACUCAGUAUUCGUAAUAGUGGAGGUGGGGUUUUAGGAUUAGAGAAUCGAUUCCAGCAACUUCUGGAGCUCAAGUGUCAAAUCCGGAAUGGAGGCGAGUGUGGUGUGUACUCUAUCCGACACAGUAUAGAGUGUAGCCUCACUGAGCAGGGAGGAGGGGAAGCAGACAGUGUGGAUAGUGAUGGAGGCGGGGGAGGUGUGGAGCAUGAGUUGAGGAUGCUGAAUGAAGAACUACGUAGCAUUGAGCUGGAGUGCCAGAGCAUCAUGCAGGCGCAUCAGCUCCGUCAGACACACAAUCUGGACCCCUCACAGUCGGAACCCUGCUCACCAGGACGAAGCCCCAAAGACUCGAACAAGCGGCACGGCAGGCUGGCUGACAUUCAUGAACAUCCAGAGAGGUCGGACAGCGAUAAGAUGAGGGAGAAGGACAGCUCCAGUGCCUACAACACAGCCGAGAGUGCACGGUCAACACCGCUAGGUAUGGAGAGGUCUCCUGACCACUCGCUACAGAGACACAUCAGCAUCACCAACCAGAAAAACCUCAGACUGGCCUCCUCCACACCCUCAAGCCCCAUCUCUAUCCCCAAACCCCAUGGCACCCCUAGUCGUAGCAGACCGGCAGAGCCAAGCCUGGUUAUCUCCAGCAGCCCAGACCAGAGCAACCCCUCCAGGUCUGAAUCCGACCCUGCCCUGCCUGCAGAUGAUGAAAGAUGUGAGAAGAAAGGGAGGACCAGAGAGUCGAGGAGAGGGCUUCCCUAUGGGUGUUCAUAUCAAACGACCCCCUAUCAAGGCCAGGGAGGAUCCAGGCAACUCCAGAGCUACAUGCAGCUGCUCCAACAGCACUCAUCCCUGGAGUAUUCCCAGAGCCAGCUGAGCUUGCUCAGCGUCUGUCGAGAUCCUGUGCACCGGAGUGGACGCCCUGGGGAGCCCCGUCUGGAGUGGAAGGUCAAAGUCCGCGCUGACGGCACACGCUACGUGGCCCGGAGGCCUGCCCGCGACCGCAUCCUGAGGGAGCGGGCGCUAAGGAUCCGAGAGGAGAGGAGCGGAGGCAUGACCACGGACGAUGAUGCUAUGAGCGAGAUGAAGAUGGGCCGCUAUUGGAGCAAAGAGGAGAGGAAGCAGCACUUGGCACGAGCCAGGGAGCAGAGGAAAAGGAGGGAGUUCAUGCAAAAGAGCCGCUUGGAGUGUCUUAAAGAGGGACCGGCCAGCGGAGCCGAGGGCAGGAAAGAGAUCAAUAUCUUAGAGCUCAGUCACAAAAAGAUGAUGAAGAAACGAAACAAAAAGAUACUCGACAACUGGAUGACCAUCCAGGAGUUGAUGAGCCACGGGGCCCGAGUCCCUGAGGGCUCAAAAGUACACAACGCCUUCCUGUCUGUCACAACUGUCUAACGGACACACACAGUACUGCAUAAUAAGUACCAUACACUUAAAUAUCAGGUAGCCUGCAUUUCAGGAACUACUGAUCUGUUUUAUAAAAGUGUCAGUUUGUGAAAUUCAAUUAAUACGUCACUGCUAAAAACUUCUGUAGCAUUCCUGGAGCAACUUUUGAACUAUCACUAUAAUUAUGUUUGAACUGUGGUCGAACAUUAAGAGACAUCCGCCGUUUAACAAAUGACUUUUAAAUCCUUUUACACUGGCCUUUUGAUAAACUCUGGCUUCUGAUAGCACAUGAGUUUAGUAGCACGUUGUUUCGAACAAACCAGGAACCAACACAUUAACUUCAUGUAUGUACUGUGUCUUCAUACUCUCCAUUCUUCUGUUUUAUUACACAUGAAGCAACUUCACUUGCCCCGUUCAAAGUGGCAUUUUUUUAUAAUGUGGAAGAAUAUGAUAUUUUUCACACUUUGUAAAUUCAGUAACUUUUUGUAAGGACAUUUUUUACACUGAAUGUCAAUGUACUGUAAACAAUUUAUGAUUAAUUUCUUAUUUAUGGUUGUAUAGUCAGAGUUGACGCUAUUUGAUUGUACUCUAGCUGCACGGUUCCAUUUUUGCAAACCUGCACCCCCAACAAUCCGUAUCAUACCCAACACAUUCCCUGAUAAUAUCUCCGAUUCAAAUCUAGACCAACCUGGACCCACUAACCUAUGACCCGUGCCGUGACCCAACCCAUCUCCUGUGAUUAAAAUUUUUUACACGCAGAGUCACUGACCUCCAACUGGAUAUGUUGUGUUCUUGGAAAGAUAUGCUAUGUGCUCCUGCAGCUUUCCUCCGCAACAAUGUGACUAGCUUGCAGCUUUCAUAAGCUAAUACAUUGUGGCACUUUUUACAAGCAGCAAGAGAAUGUAUUUAUCACUAUUUUUUAUUUUUUAGCUAGUUAUUUGAGCGGAAGUAAAGGGGUCAAAAGUGGUGUCAUUGAUUGUCACAAUAAAACAAAACCUUGCAGCUUACUAGGUUUCAUAUAAACUGAUAUAGAUUAAAAUCAUCUAAAUGUUCUAUGUACCUGAACCGGUGCAGGACUCUACUGUUGGUACAUUUUUCACCAGUCCAUGAGUGAGAAAUGGACCUUCGGUCAUCUUAAAACAAUUCUUGUGUUGUGUUGAUAAUAUCACUUUGGUCUUUUUUUGGAGCACUCAAUUUAAAGCUCUGAAAAUAUCAAUAUAUCAUCUCAAACAGAUUUACCUCAAAUUACACUCAAAUCUUUGAAUAUAACUUUGAGCAUCUGAAUAUUUAAUAGAAGGAGCCUUUGAGUCAACCGUCAGCCCUUAAUAUGUUUGCGAAUUAUGUUAAAAAAUGUGAAAUAUAUUUAUAUUGUUUACUGUUAUUUCUAUUUAUUGUAAGUUAAUUUGUUGAAUGUUUCACAUUUAGUUGCUGUAGCCCUGAAUGGCCGAACAUUUUCAAGGCACUGUCAAAUUGAUGUGUCCUCACUGCAGCCUUUCAACCUGAACCAUCUGCUUCUCAAUGUAAAGUUCAUUGAAGAGGCCUUGACUUCAGUGUUUGUUGAUGGUGAAAUUUGUAAUA